CCGCCCCCACAGCCUUCCUCCAUUAUUCCCGUAUUUUCAGAACAGGCUAGAGGAAAGAGGGCGAGGAGAAGAAAACCAAAUUGUGUGGCUUAAUUGACUAAAACAGACCGUUUGAGAUUAUUAUUUAAUUCCAACGGUCCUCUGUCUUCUUUUGGGACAGCCACCCUCUGCAUUUUCAUAGCGUUUCUGCUAGGCGCCGGAGUCGCCAGGGAGAGAGGAGGGGUUCGGAUGGUCUGAGUAGCCGGGGAGAAGCCCUCUGUUUCGGUGGGAGGAUGAGCCAUUGAACGGUGCAGCUCUACUGGUUGGAAGCGGGCCAGGGUCGCUGCGUUGUGUGUGGGAGAGAGCUUGUUCAGAAGGAGAUGGGAUGUCUUGGCUCCGUUGUCAGACCGGUUUAACGGAAAACGGGAAUCAGGUUGCAACUCUUCUCCUGUGUGAGUUGCACCGGUCACUAUUGCAUGGAUGCUGAUGCCGUUCUAGGCCGGGGAAACAAGGAUUUUACCAACUGGAUUUAAUGCAUUUUUUAUUGGGAUUAUUUCGGGCUCGACAAAUCUAAAACAUCCGUGUGGGAUUUUAUGUCUGAGCGACCCCGACAUUUUUCAAAGACAGGGAGAUCUUGGACAGGCAGCAUGAACUGACUGGUAUUCAGGAAUCUUGGGAAAGCAGAAGAGUCAUUUGGGAGGGAAUAUACACACAGACCAGACUAUGGCUGACUGACGUCUCAUAUACACCUACAUUCUGAGAAUGUGGGAGAACUAAACUCCAGGAACUGGGGAGUGACCUAUAGUUCUGCAUAGCGCACGUCACAGCAGAUGACAGAGGGGCGGCGAUGUCAGGUCCAUCUCCUGGACGACAGGAAGCUGGAGCUCCUCGUACAGCCCAAACUGAUGGCCAAGGACCUUUUGGAUUUGGUGGCCUCCCACUUCAACCUGAAGGAGAAGGAAUACUUUGGCAUCUCCUACACCGAUGAAACGGGUCAUUUCAGCUGGCUGCAGUUGGACCGAAGGGUUCUAGAACACGAGUUCCCCAAGAAGUCUGGACCCAUCGUACUGUACUUCUGUGUCAGGUUUUACAUAGAGAGUAUUUCCUACCUGAAGGAUAAUGCUACUAUCGAACUCUUCUUCCUCAAUGCUAAGUCCUGCAUAUACAAGGAGCUCAUUGAGGUGGACAGUGAGGUGGUUUUUGAGCUGGCCUCCUAUAUCCUACAGGAGGCUAAAGGUGACUUCACCAGUAACGACGUGACGAGGUCAGAUCUGAAGAAGCUUCCAGCUCUGCCGACUCAGGCCCUGAAGGAACACCCAUCUCUGGCAUACUGUGAGGACCGGGUGAUAGAACACUACAAGAAGCUGAACGGACAGUCCAGAGGGCAGGCCAUAGUCAAUUAUAUGAGCAUCGUUGAGUCUCUGCCUACGUAUGGAGUACAUUACUACACUGUUAAGGAUAAACAGGGCAUCCCGUGGUGGCUGGGCCUGAGUUAUAAAGGAAUCUUCCAGUAUGACUACCAGGACAAGGUCAAGCCCAGGAAGGUGUUCCAAUGGCGUCAGCUGGAGAACCUCUACUUCAGAGAGAAGAAGUUCUCAGUGGAAGUUCAUGACCCCAGGAGUAGGGCGUCGGUGACCAGAAGGACGUUUGGCCACAGUGGUAUAGCUGUCCACACCUGGUACGCCUGCCCUGCUCUCAUUAAGUCUAUCUGGGCCAUGGCCAUCAGCCAACACCAGUUCUACCUGGACCGCAAGCAGAGCAAGUCUAAGAUCCAUGCGGCUCGUAGCCUCAGUGAGAUAGCCAUCGACCUGACAGAGACUGGCACUCUGAAGACAUCUAAACUGGCCAACAUGGGCAGCAAGGGCAAGAUCAUCAGCGGCAGCUCUGGCAGUCUGCUCUCCUCAGGUUCCCAGGAGUCGGACAGUUCUCAGACAGCUAAGAAAGACAUGCUGGCAGCACUGAGGGCCAGGCAGGAGGCUCUGGAAGAGACACUCAAACAGAGACUAGAGGAACUCAAGGACAUCUGUAUCAGAGAGGCGGAGUUGACAGGGAAGCUUCCUAAGGACUAUCCAUUAGAUCCAGGGGAGGAGCCUCCGACAGUCAGGAGGAAGAUUGGCCCCGCCUUCAAACUGGACGAACACAAGAUCAAGCCGAAAAGAGAGGAGGAGGAGCUAGAGCGUCUAGAGAGGGAGUUUGCCAUCCAAUCACAGAUCACGGAGGCUGCGAGGCGGUUGGCCGGCGAUCCGCACGUGAGCAGUAAGAAGCUGAGGAAACAGAGGAAGACGUCAUACCUGAACGCACUGAGGAAACUCCAGGAGAUAGAAAACGCCAUCAACGAACACCGUGUCCGCUCUGGGAAGAAACCCACGCAACGCGCUUCGCUUAUCAUAGAGGGUGAGACUACACACAUGCUGAGAGAAUCGCUUAUACGAACCACAGCGCGUAACAAACAGGAGGCCAACAUCGGCUCAGAGGACAGCUCUCUGUCUGACGCUCUGGUCCUAGACGACGAUGACCCCCAGGUGACAGGGACCCCCACCUUCUCUCCGGCAGCAUCUCCACAAAAGGGCCUCCCCCGGCCUCCCUCCCACAGCCGGCCCCCUCCUCCCCAGUCCCUAGAAGGCCUUAGGCACCUGCACUACUCUCGCUCCGAAUACGACAAGUCCCCCAUCAAACCCAAGAUGUGGAGUGAGUCCUCGCUGGACGAACCCUACGAGAGGGUAAAAAAACGCUCCUCACACUCCAGUCACAGGCGGUUCCCCAGCUCUGGUACUUGUGGGGAGGCAGGAGGCAGUAACUCUCUGCAGAGUAGCCCCAUCAGGAGCCUUCCUCACUGGAGCGCCCAGUCCAGCAUGCCCUCUACCCCUGACCUGAGGACCAGGACCCCUCAAUAUGUACACUCCACCAGGUCUGUGGACAUCAGUCCCACCCGUCUGCACAGUCUGGUUCAGCACUUUAGGAACCGCAGCUCCAGCCUGGAAUCUCAGGGCAAGCUGCUGGCCUCCGACCCCGACACACACACUCACACAGACACCCUGGGAGCUCUGGGCAGCCCAGACUUCUUCUUGGCCCCAGGGACACGCAGCUCCAACGGCUCGGACCCGCUGGAUGACUGUUCGUCCUGUACCUCCCAGAGCAGCUCAGAACACUACUACCCUGGGGGAGCGCCAGGCUCCAACCCUAACUACUCCACCCUGGGAGAGGACUCCCCCUCCAAAGCCAGGCAGAGGCAGAGGCAGAGGCACAGGUCUGCAGGUCACCUUGGUUCCUCUAACUCUGGCUCCAUGCCCAACCUGGCAGCCAAGAACGGUUCAGGGGGCAGUGGUACGGGGGGAGCAGGGACUGGGUCAGGGCAGCACGGGGUGUACCUCCACAGCCAGAGCCAGCCCUCGUCCCAGUACCGGAUUAAAGAGUACCCCCUGUACGUAGAGGGAAGCCCCAACCCGGUGGUGGUGCGCAGCCUGGAGAGUGACCAGGAGGGCCACUACAGCGUCAAGGCCCAGUUCAAAACCUCCAGCUCCUACACAGCCGGGGGUCUCUACAAGGAGACCUGGGGGGGUGAGGAGGGGGGAGAGGGGAGUGGCAGACUCACCCCGUCCCGCUCCCAGAUUGUACGGACUCCCUCACUGGGGCGAGAGGGGGGAGGAGGGGGGAGGGCGGUGGUGUCGGACGAGCUGAGGUGUUGGUACCAACGCUCAUCGGGCAGUCUAAAGGAGAGGAGUCACUGUGGCUCCAAUGCGUCAGACAGCGGCUCGUUGCAAGGCACUCUGGGACACGGACGAGGCCACAGGGUGGGGACGCUCGCCAAGGGAUCGCCAGCAGCGUCCCCUCACAGCCAGAGGAGUGUGACUCCCUCCAGUGAACAGGCUGCCACCCCCAUACCCCCCAGCAGCCCACAACACAUCCUCAACUGGCAGAGCGGGUCAUUCAAUGAUAGCUGUUUCCUCAGCAGUCCUCUGUGUUCAGAGCUGGCAGAUGUCCAGUGGUACGGACACGACAAGGCCAAACCUGGAACCCUGGUCUGACCUACUGACCCUCAACACUGAUCCUUACUGACUCAACCUCCAACAUCUCAACUGAUCCUUAUAGCCCCCACCAUACCUCUCCUCCAGUGCUGACUAGAUUGGCUUUAUCAUGGGCAGGAAACCCUCAUCCAUUCCUCCCUUCAUCCAUCUUUCCCUUUAUCAGUUUCUGUGUAAAUUGGGCUUGGCUGAACUAGGGGUUCUAGGACCAACACGACUAUUGCUGUGGAACAGCCAACCAUAGCCUCCGAUCCUGAACUCUGAGCGUGAACUCUGACCUUUAAUCCCUGACCCUGAGUCUGCUCCAGUCUGAGCCCAAGGAUAACCAGAUAUGGGCAAGGGAGGAGGAGGGGUAAACCCAGACUACACUCAGCCCACCAGGCCCUGUCUCAUAUUUACCCCUGACCCAAGUGUGCUGCCAGUGUGAUCCCAUGUGUUUUGGCUCAUGUUCUGGACCUUUGUGUGUGUACGCUUGAUCUGCUAGGUUCAUUAAUUUCAUGUUUUAUGUUUUAGUUUAUUUCUCUAUCCUUUUCUACAACAACAACAACAAAAUGCGGGAGAGACUCGAUUCACCCCUCUUUAUGAAAACCUUCAGAAUAUUUUUCACUCUUCAGAAAAACUGCAGAGUGGAUUAUUAGAGAAUUCUAGAUUAUCUGAAAGACUAGGCAAACAUACAAACAUUCCCAAAAAUCCUAAUCCCAAUCCCAACUCCUAUCCCACAACCAAAGAUCCAUCUGGCUGACCAAUGGCACCAGUCCCAUGGAAACACUGGGAACAGUGGUUUAUCAUAAUAGGAAUUACACCCCACAAUACUAGGAGUCCUCAAAGGAACUGAAAGACUGAUCAAUUCUACUGGGAUCCUGCUCAGCACGUCUACUGGGAUGUCAGUAAUCUGAACUGGUAGUGUACAACAGCCAGCCACACUGAUCAACUAGUUUCUUGUACUGGGAUGAUCCACACUUCUACUGAGCAGUGAGCUCCUGGACUGGGAUGUUUUGCCACACCUGUAUACUGGGGGACUGUGGUCAGCUGUACUGGGAGACUAUGGACAGACUGGGGGCCCUGCACAGCCAGAUCAGAGAUAGACGGGGACAGACUGUGCCACAGGCCACAGACACUUAUUCAAGGUUUGGGCCCUGAAAUGCCAAGCCACAAUAUGCAAGGAAUCUCAUUGAAAGCCAAUGUCUUGAGUUUGUGAUGGUUGAAACUGUAGCUAUAUGUGUAGCAGUUUUCAGGUUAAGACCACAUAUAGUUUGGGGUGUUUAUUUCCAAUCAUAUCUGCAGGCUUUCAGUGGUCUAUUUCAUCUGGAUCAACCCCUUCGUUUCACUUCCUGGUAAGAAGUGAAAGCUGAUUGGAUGCUUAGGACUGUGUGUGUCUCCCACUCCUCUCUCUCUCUCUGGGGAUGGGCAUAUGCUGUGGAGCUGAUCGAUCACACAGCUGCAGCGAAGGGCACUCCCCUCCUUCAUAGUCGAGCUGCGCAUAUGAUCAAAUUGAUGAGAUGUUAAACACUCGAGGCGUUGUGAUAUCUGACUCUCUGCGUAGUCCUCUGUUAAAAAUGGGAGGCAACCCAUAUUUAAGGACCAGUCUGUCUCUGUGACAUCGAUCUGUCUGUCCAACUCCACGAUUGGUCAUUGUCUCAGACACUAGGGUAGUAUAUUUGAGGGUAAACAUUUAGAUCAGGCAUGAGGCCUGUAAACUCCAGUGGGUACUCUUUUGUACAGGUCACUAUCUCAGGCUAUAUUCUCUCUGCCUAAAGUCUCUCCUAUCACCAGUCAGAACACACACAUCUUGUUUGUGGACACACACACUUUUCUCAUCAGUGCCAUCUAUGGUGGUGCUUAAAGUCUGUACUGUAACCCAGCACUGAAAACAGCCACUCACUAAAAUUACAAACCAUAUAACUACAAAUCCCACAGGGCCCAGGUUCCUAGUCUAGCAGAGGAAGUGGCUGUGUUCGAGAGCAUCAAAAUGAUAUAUCAUGGGUACAUUGUGACUGACUGACUGAUCUACAAAUAAUAAUAAGUUAUUUAUGAUGCAAGGUGAUUUGUAGCUAAGUCAGUCAGCAGUCACCUGCACUGUCGGCUGCAAUGUCGAACAAGCCCAGUGUCUGCUAUAUAGAGAACCUGCUUCCCAGAGCCAAAAGAACAUCAGGGAGAGGUAUAUACACCAAUCAGAGCUGGAUCUGCUAUGUGGGGUGUUGACUAUUGUAACUGUGUCAAGUAUUCAAUCUAAGUGUUGUUACCAGAGCACAACAUACACAGUUGCACACUAUGUAUGAAGACUAUAGGCCUACUAUAUAGAGAACCAGUUUUCAUCUAGUUCUCCUCCUGGCUUUUUGAUACAUAUAAGGGGAUUAAAAACAUCUGCAUAACAACACAUUUACGAUGUAAAAGUAAAUCCAGACUUUAUAUAAGAGUAACACACACAUAUCUAGAAUAUAAAUAAUGUCACCCCGGCACCAGAAGGGUGUUUAUAUCAUUGUGCUUUUAUUGUGCCCCGUUCAAGAGAGCUGGGAACUCAGAAAUCUCCGACGUCGGACUUCAGUGCGUUCAAGACAACUAGGAACUCGGGAAAAAAACAAGCUCCAACUGGGAAAAAUUGUUUUGAACGGUCAUCCGGAAUUCCAAGUCGCAAACUCGGGGAUCAUCCUAAAGCUCCGACUUCUCCAACCUGAAGAUCACUGUCAUGAUUUGAUCUCGUUUUAUUAUGAGUUCCCAGUUGUCUUGAAAGCACCAUGUGUAGGUAAUGUCAUCAAUGAACAUCAAUGAACUGACCUUGGUUUAGUAAUGGAGGCCAUCACCGUAUCCCGCUGUAACACAGCUGUGACUCAAAGAGAACGUGUAGUUUCCAUAUAACUCGCUUACAUAGACCAACUCUUGUCACAAACAUAUUCUUAAGCAGGUAUUUUAAAGCACACCUUCUGGUUUUCUGCUGGGGAAAAGAAGCCUCUGCCCAACGUUGUUGUAAUGCUGUAUGUGUGGACAGUGUACAAAACCCCAAACAAAGCAAAGAAUUGCAGUCAUUCUCUCACACCUGCCUGUGCUUUGUAAAGGCUUAUAUUAAACAAACAUCUGAAAACAUUGUUUAUAUGUUGCACAAAAAUCUGACCCCGUCAAAUGAGUUGAACUUGCACCAAGCGGCAUGGUGGACUGAAUUGCCUUCAGUUUGAACGAGUGCCACACUGCAAAGUCCUGGUAAAAAUGCUGUGUUUCUUCUGAACUUUGAACUCCUGUUGUUUACCUCUUUAGAACCACAUCAGCUAGGCUAAGGCUCAUUAGCCUGACCAUUUCCCAUGGAUGAGAUACCUCUGCUAGCUCACACCAUUCCAUGCAUGCUCAAAAAAACAAAAAUACUCCCCUUCUCCACUCACCUUUUCCUCCUAGACAGAGAAGCAUUCUACAUCCAUGACAACACCCCCAAACCCCCAGUUUGACUUUUGACUCCUGGCCCCUCUGACCUUUGAACCCAAUGUGGUGAUGAUGUGUGCUGUACCCUCUUCUAGGUCCCCUAUGCCCAUACUGUCUGUACUCCAUAGAAACAUAAACAUUUUUAUAGUUAAAGAUGAACUCUUUUAUCAACCUCUUUCCUGUACGUUCUACAGAGGGGCACUGUAAGCCUAAGUGGGGUUUGUAACAUUCACUGUAAGCCUAAGUGGGGGUUUUAACAUUCACUGUAAGCCUAAGUGGGGGUUUUAACAUUCACUGUAAGCCUAAGUGGGGUUUUUAACAUUCACUGUAAGCCUAAGUGGGGGUUUUAACAUUCACUGUAAGCCUAAGUGGGGGUUUUAACAUUCACAGUAAGCCUAAGUGGGGUUUUAACAUUCACUGUAAGCCUAAGUGGGGUUUUAACAUUCACAGUAAGCCUAAGUGGGGUUUUAACAUAACCAUGUUCCUUUUUAUAUGAACCAGUAUUAGUUCUUUCUUUGGUUUUUGUUUCUAAGUUCUGACAUAGUAAAAAUUCCUUUCAGGUGCUAUAUGAUGACCAGUUACCGCUUUGUCACGUAGGAUAUGGACUCUCCUCAUUGUUGUCAAUAGUUUUAAUACGUUGUGCAGAGCAAAGACCAUCCCUUUAGGCAGUAGGACACCCAUCCACCAGACCAUAGAGCAUGUAACCUGAUUUUAUUGGUUCUCUUCAACUGUAACCUGAUGAAAAAAAGGUGUUGUAGAAAAAAACUAUGUGGAAUUGACACAAAAAAAUACUGAAUUCCACAGUUAAUUUAUUCUUUUUUCUAUUAAGACUUUGUAUAGGAACUUUCCAUUUUUCUAAAUGGUGUUGUUGGCACCUGAUGAUGGAUUGUCCAGAUGAGAAGAAUUGGUGGUUUUUCAGAUUAUGAAAAUAAAUUAUUGCUGAAUGUUCUCAA